AGCAUGACAUGGUAAGUUGGUAACCCAUUUGUUCCCUAUCUUUUAAAUUACCGUACUUGUUUCAUUACUAAUCUUAAAUCGAUGCAGAUUUUCCUCCCCUUAAAUCACUCAAGGCAUUGGUACUUAUCCAUGGUCAAUCCCAGCCUUAAAGAAAUUCACAUACUCGACUCCUUGCAUAAUCCUGCAGCUAGCAAGGAGAGUAAUUGUACAGACCAGACGAAAUUGUCAGAAGUGCUCCAAGGAAUGGAGAGGUACAUGGAGUUGCUGGACACAACUGAAGAUAAUACGGCACACACAAAUGCUAUAUGGACAGAUUUCAAGGUAUCAACCUGGAAAAGAAAGUUCAUACGUGGGCUGCCACAGCAGAGAGAUGGUUCCUCAUGCGGCUUGUUCAUGCUUAAAUUUAUGGAGAACUGGUUGGGAGAAAAGUUACAGGAGAGAUUCACGCAGCGCCAAAUUGAUACAUUCAGAAAGGAGCUACCAUGCACGUUGCUCCGCUGUAAUCUGAACAAGGCGCCAUAUAUGGACAGUCCUCCAGAGGGAAACUCUCCUCAAAUAUCUAAUGGCGGUCUAUCCGAAGUUCAAGAAGUUGAUGCAGUCGGAAACCCUAUGAUAUCUAACAGCACUAGUGCUGAGACUACUAAGUUUUUUUUGGUGUUCCUGUGAGAACACCACCACAUGUAUAGAAUCAGCAUCAUAGUUUGUAAUAGUAUUGCAUUUUUGAGCAUUGGAAAGAAUGCAUUUUUGUAGUAGUAUUCCAUAUUUCUCCUGCAAACUACCGAAAGUGCGACAUCAUUUACUUCUAAUAUUUAUGUCUUUAACUAAGAAUUAGCUUACUUUUGCAUGGUUUUGUAUAUGCUU